AUGGCUACCAGCAGCAAGCUACAAACAUACUACCACUCUUCCUCCGAGAAGGGCCUUUCAUCAGUAUCAACGCUGAUCGUGGGCACGAAAGCGGCUGCUCUGAUAGAUCCUCCCUUCCUUAUUCCAGACGCGAAACAACUGGUCGCUUGGAUCAAGCAAAAGACAUCCGUACCGCUGAAAGCAAUUUUCGUUACUCAUCACCACCCGGACCACUACUUCAGCGCGAAUCCAAUUCUGGAGGUGAACGCAGACGCCACGUUGUAUGCAGCUCCUUACGGGCCGAAAGUCUGCGCCGGCAUCGAUCGCGAGUACGAUGAGAAAGUGAAGUAUUGGCCAAGCGUGUUUGGCAAGGAAAAUGUGCCGUCCAAUCCUACGAAGCCGACACCGUUCCAUCACAGCUUAUUUGUGCUGGAAGGCAACGAGGCAUCGCCAGUGCUCCUCCUGGGACCUCUGCAGGAUGCUGUCUAUGCCCGCUCAACACACGUCUGGGUGGAGGAAGUGGAAUCACCGCAGUUGCUGGACGCUUGGUUCAAGACACUCGAUUUGAUUGAGAUUGGUCUCAAGCCUGAGACGGUCAUCCCAGGCCAUAUCGAGGAAGGUUGGGAACCAGACGCCAAAGAGGACUUGAUGCAUAUGCGGAAGUAUCUGCAAUUCUUCGGCGAGAAGGUUACUUAUGCGAAUAAGAAGCCUAGCGUAGACGAGCUCUUCCAGACGUUCAAGGACGCAUUCCCGCAGGCGGACAAGAACCUGGACUUCUUCCUCGGCCAUCUGUCGAAUCAUUAUGGCGAAGGCGGGCAGGUCUGGGAAGAGAAUCGACAUCACAAUGCAGGUGCCAGAACGAAGAAGCAGCUGGAAGCCUACUACUUCACUGCUUGA